AAGUAUCGUCCAAGUUUCUUUUAUUUUUCCUGUAGUUGGGUUCAUAUUCUUCAACAGUUCAACUUCGAUCCAGUAUCCAUGUCAAAGAUCUGAUCUUGUUGCUCUGUAGGUCCCAAAGAUGGAUUUUUCCCAUGUUCAUUUGCUUGUUUUCAUGAAUUCUUGUGUGUUCUUCAGUGUCUCUCAGUAGUAUUCAUGGAAUCUGAAGUCCUUUUUUAAUUGUUUGAUGCAAGAAAUGAAGUGGGUAUUUGAAGAACCACCAUUGUUGCUCAAAUGAAGCUUCUUUUAUAGCAGUAGAGGUUAUCUGCUCAAAUAUCUGCAAUGAAAAGCAAGUUUGGUUCAGUGCUUCUUUUAUCUCUUGUCACUGUGGUUUUUAGCACCACUGACCCUGGUGACCUUGAUGUAUUAAUGGAAUUCAGAGAUGGACUUGAUAAUCCUGAGCUUUUGAAGUGGCCUGAAAAUGGUGGUGAUCCUUGUGGUCCUCCCAGCUGGAACCACGUCUACUGUGAGAACUCCAGGGUUACUCAGAUUCAGGCUCAAGGUGUGGGCUUGAAGGGUACUUUGCCUCGAAACUUGAACAAACUCUCCAUGCUCAACAACAUUGGUCUCCAGAGAAAUCAGUUGAGUGGAAAGUUGCCGUCUUUUUCAGGCUUAUCUAAUUUGCGGUAUGCCUAUUUGGAUUAUAACAAUUUUGAUUCUAUCCCAUCUGAUUUCUUUGAUGGCUUAGAUGAUUUGGAAGUCAUGGCAUUGGACCACAACAAUUUUAAUGCUACCACCGGCUGGUCAUUCCCCAAGGCCUUGCAAAAUUCUGUUCAAUUGACCAAUUUUUCUUGUAUGAACUGCAAUUUGAUUGGCUCAUUGCCAGGUUUUCUUGGUUCCAUGUCGUCCUUAACAAACUUGAUGCUUUCUAGUAAUAGGUUGUCUGGUGAAAUUCAGGGAACUUUCAGUGGCAGUGCUUUGCAGAUGCUUUGGCUCAACAAUCAACUUCAUGGAGGGAUGACUGGUCCAAUUGAUGUUGUGGCAACAAUGGAGUCCCUCACAGUUUUAUGGCUGCACGGGAAUCAAUUCGCCGGAACAAUCCCGGAGAACAUCGGUAACUUAACACUCUUGAAGGAUCUCAAUCUUAAUAGUAACAAACUUGUUGGCCUGAUUCCUAUUAGUUUAGCAAAUAUGAGAUUGGAAAAAUUAGAUUUGAACAAUAAUCAGCUGAUGGGUCCAAUUCCAGUGUUCAAAGCAUCAAAGGUGAUUUUGGCUUCGAACAAGUUCUGUCAAGCCACACCGGGGCUUCUUUGCUCUCCCGAAGUUAUGGCACUUAUAGGGUUUCUUGCAGGGGUGAAUUACCCUCCCAGGCUUGUUUCUUCUUGGUCUGAUAAUGAUCCCUGCAACUGGUUGGGAAUUAGAUGCAAUAGUGGGAAGGUUUCGAUCAUAAACUUGCCACAUUAUAAUCUCUCUGGUAGUUUGAGUCCUUCAAUUGCAAAGUUGGACUCCCUUUCUCAAAUUAGGCUUCAAACUAACAAUCUAAGUGGUUCCAUCCCAAGUAACUGGACUAGCUUGAAAUCCCUGGAAACUCUUGAUGUCAGUGGCAAUAACUUAUCCGGUCCAUUACCAAAAUUUAGUGGAAGUGUGAAUCUUGUCAUAACUGGCAAUCCUUUGUUGAAUGGUGGUAAGACAGCCCCUACAAUAGGUGGGGAAAAUACUCCACCUGAGAGUUCAGCUUCUGCUUCGCCACCCUAUGUCCCACCUAGUUCAUCAAGAGAUUCGGGUUCCACUACCAAUGAUUCUUCUGUUGAAUCCACCAAAACAAAGGGUUUCAAAAGAAACACAUUUGUUUUAAUCAUUGCUCUUGUUGCAAGUUUUGCAGUUCUUGCAUUUCUGGUCAUUCCUCUAUCCAUCUACUGUUAUAAGAAGAGAAAAGACAGUGUGUUGGCUUCGACUUCCCUGGUAAUCCAUCCACGGGAUCCAUCUGAUCCUGGUAAUACAGUUAAGGUUGUUGUUGCUUCCAAUAACACCAAUGGAAGCACUUCUACAGUAGCUGGAAGUGGUUCUGCAAGCAGAAAUAGUAGCAGCAUUGGGGAUUCUCAGGUAAUUGAAGCUGGAAAUUUGGUUAUAUCAGUUCAAGUUCUUCGGAAUGUGACAAAAAAUUUUGCACCAGAGAAUGAACUUGGCCGUGGCGGCUUCGGUGUAGUUUAUAAAGGUAAACUAGAUGAUGGAACACAAAUUGCAGUUAAAAGAAUGGAGGCUGGUGUGAUUACAAACAAGGCUUUGGAUGAAUUCCAGGCUGAAAUUGCAGUUCUUUCUAAGGUUCGACACCGUCAUUUGGUAUCUCUUUUGGGUUAUUCCAUUGAAGGCAACGAGAGAAUUCUUGUUUAUGAAUAUAUGUCUCAAGGUGCUCUUAGCAAGCAUCUUUUCCAUUGGAAGAGCCUCAAAUUCGAGCCGCUAUCUUGGAAGAGGCGGCUAAAUAUUGCCUUGGAUGUAGCCAGAGGAAUGGAGUAUCUUCACACUUUAGCUCAUCGGAGCUUCAUACAUCGAGAUCUUAAGUCUUCAAAUAUUUUACUUGGUGACGAUUUCAGAGCAAAAGUUUCAGAUUUUGGUUUAGUUAAACUUGCUCCUGAUGGGGAGAGAUCUGUUGUGACCAGGCUUGCAGGGACUUUCGGUUACUUAGCACCAGAAUAUGCAGUGACAGGAAAAAUCACGACCAAAGCCGAUGUAUUUAGUUUCGGUGUUGUGCUGAUGGAGCUUCUGACUGGAUUGACUGCACUCGAUGAGGAUAGGCCUGAAGAGACACAGUACUUAGCUGCAUGGUUCUGGCAUAUCAAAUCAGACAAGGAGAAACUAAGGGCUGCUAUCGACCCCGCUCUCGACGUAAAGGAUGAAACACUGGAGAGUAUCUCCAUCAUUGCUGAACUUGCAGGGCAUUGCACUACAAGGGAACCAAGCCAACGACCGGACAUGGGGCAUGCAGUGAAUGUAUUGGCUCCGCUCGUGGAAAAAUGGAAACCGCUGGAUGAAGAUAACAACGACUAUUGCGGCAUCGAUUACAGCCUUCCUCUUAACCAGAUGGUGAAAGAUUGGCAAGAAGCUGAAGGAAAAGAUUUUAGUUAUUUGGACCUAGAAGACAGCAAAGGGAGUAUCCCAGCUAGGCCUACUGGUUUUGCAGACUCAUUCACUUCUGCAGAUGGUCGAUAAUAACAGCUACUUUGUUGCAUUUAUUUGAGAAUUAAUGCCUUGUUGAUUUGGUACUUGUACAUAGUAGUUUGUGUUCUGUCUAUUUCAGAAUUCAAUGUUGAUAUGUAAUAUAUAUCUUUCAAUUAAUAUCUAAA